UCUACUCAUCUUCCAUCUGCUUUUAUUAGAAAGAGCCAGCCAUGGCCAGUGGGCCAGUACUACAUGUCGAUGGAUGAGAAUAACAGACAAUCAAUGUAUAACCUCAUCACCAAAGCUCGUCAGGAUUUUUGGAAAAGGUGGUACAAGGAGUACCUCGAUGAAUUACAAACCCGCCAAAAAUGGCAAAAAUCCGCCUCUGAAAUGAAAGUUGGGUCCGUGGUUAUCCUGAUGGAAAAUAAUUUGGGAUAUACGAGAUGGCCACUGGGUGUAAUCCUCGAGGUGUUUCCUGGGAGCGAAGACAUCGAUCGAGUUGCCUCAGUGAAGACGGCCAGCGGCGUUUACAAACGCAAUAUAACUCGACUGUGUUUAUUGCCAACUGCGUGAUUUCUAUUGGCAUUGGUCGACUGAAUUAGUUAGUGUGGAUUUAAGCUCGAUCUUUUUAAUGUUAAAGUAUUUUUAUAUCACAUCGUUAAAUUUAUUCUAAUCGCUGUUUUGAUUUUAAUCAUUAUUCUAAUCAACGAAGCAGUCCCUCCAAAGGAAACUGACUUCAUUGUUUUAGUUAUUAGCGAACAACAUUCAAACAAACCAAAGAGCGUUACCAAUCGACGUUGUAUCUCUCAAAUUCUAUUUUUAGUUAUCGUUCAAAUGUCUGAUCUUAGGUUAAAGAUAAAUGUAAAUAGACGCUUUCGUGUUAGCUAUCUUUAAAUUCAAACUCUGCUCCAUUCGUUGUAUGUAAUCCAACUCAUAUCGCAGCCUUUCCAGGGAGUAUGUUCCGUUGCAACAUAGAAACUCGAACGGUUGUGAAUCGGGCUUUAGGUCAUAAUGUGAAUCCACCUGAAGAUUCAAGGCGUGCGCGAGUAUGCGCGGGCAACCGGAAAUGCUCAGGCACUAUUCAAUCGUUUUCGUUUUUCCGUCGGGUUCGGGUCGUUCAAGAAAAUCGUUUUUCUACGAUAAAAUCACGUUGGGGCGGAGCUCCCUCGCGUCCGUUCUCAAUUUCAACAAAGUCUUAUCAUCUGUUUAGUCGCAAACCACGGACUCGUCGCCAAAUCGUUCUUACGCUCAUCGAGCAAUAAGAAAUCACAAAAAUACCAACCGAAGCAUGGAGAUGUGUGUAUGUGUGUGAUUUCAACGCGGCCGGUUCGUUCGUUUGUCGAUUCA